AUGUCCAUCUGCUGGGUUUUCCUCGAUUUCGUGAUUCAGAUCGCACAAAAGUGGAGCUGGCUAAUUUUUUUUGUACAACAGUCUUUAGAGGCCAUCCGCUUACAACGACAGCAGGGCUUAUACUUCAUCCUUGAGCAUCCAGAAGAUCUGGGCCGUGUGCCAUCUGGUGAGAGGCCCGCUUCUAUUUGGUCUUUUGAUGAGGUUCAGCAGAUCUGCGCUGGAGGCGAUGUCAGUUGCUGGGCUUUGCAUCAAGGCUUUUUCGGGGCUACGUCUUGCAAACCUACACGCUUGUUGUCCAACUUGCCGGGGGCAUUGCACUUUGGGAUACAGAUGCCAUGUUUCAAUGAUGAUGGGGAUUACGUGGGAUCGCUCUUGCGGUGCCCGCAUACACAUGCAGAUCGAGCGUGCGGCUUUCAUGAUGGAGCUUGGAAGUCGGCCACCACAGCAGCGGAUCCUUCGGAUUUCGCUGCUUUUUUCGCACGUCUUUCUUUGAGUGUGGUGCCUGACUUGAGGGCCGUGGCCGAUUCCGACAUGAUCCCGAUCAACACUCCUUCUUCAGCGGAGGCCUUUGCUACUGAGUGCAUUGCGCGCGGUACCUUCGAUCGCGCCUCUGUUCAGGUUCUUUUCGACUUGCUUCCUAAGACUCGGCCCCACAAAAUCACAGGCAGCGCCGAACCGGGCACCGCUUUCUUUGGAGGUACUGUCCAUCAGGAGGGCGUCACUGCGCCGCGAUCCACUUGUUAUACAUUCCCUGAGGCCAUGCGUGUGAUCAAUGCUUUCCUUCGUUCAGUGGACCCGUGCCAUCGCUAUGCAGCCUUCGUUCUCACAAAGAACGUCAGCAGUGAGGUUCAUCGUGAUCCGCGGAACGCAGCAGUGCCCAACAUGGUUGUGGCGAUUUCUUCAUUUUCGGAUGGUGGCAUUUGGAUUCAGGAUCCUUCAGGUGCCACGGUGCGAACCUUUCAUGGCUCGCCCAUCGCGGGCACUGUGCACUCUUUACAGGACAGUCCGGUCUACCUGGAUGCACGCGGCUGCUUGCAUGCAACCCAGCCUUGGGCUGGGGAUCGGCUCAUCGCGAUUGCGUACACACCUCAGCACUUGCAGCUCCUUUCGGCCGAGGAAUCCUUCGAUCCCCCAGGCAAAUCUACCUUGGCCGCGGCAGUGCCGGCGAUAGACAACUCAGGCACUGGAGACGCUCAGGGGGUGCCUCUGAAGGUUGACGUUGGGGAGCCGGCCAGGGAAGCUUUUGACCCCAAGACCAGUCGUGCUUUCGGACAGCCCAUGAUUUGCAAGUUUGAAAUGGGGAAGCAGGAGUUUGUGGACGGCUUUGGGUUGUGCUCGCCCGGCCGUUGGGCUCCUGAGGCGAGGGAGAAGCUGGCAUCAAGUGAUGAAGCCGCACAUGCAGGGAAAAUUCGAGGACUGCUACGUGACUUUGUGAUUGAUCAGCUGAGGGACCCCAAGGACAUGGCGUUCCGUCUCGCAACGGGCCAUGUGAAGAAUUCUCCAUUCGCGGAGUCGGCAUUGCAGAAGUUGAGGCAGAAGAUCAUCAAUUUGAUCCCAGGGGCGUCUUCAGACCUGGUUCCUUUGAAGCUGGACGAUCUGCCGCUUGACAUUUUCCUUCGCAUGGUCCACUGGAGGGCUUUCUUGGAUUCGCGUGUCAGCCUGCAGCGAUUGGUCUCGAGGGAGUCGGCGAUGUCUGUGGUGAUCUUUCACAUGUCGGACUGGCUGCCUUCCUUCGGGGCGGGGGGUCUCGAGGCAACUGCGACCGUCAUGUGA